CGAGAUAAAUGGAAUUAUAACGAUGGAAUACCACUGGGCUCUGUUUACUGUCUUGUUAUUAAUAACUGUUCCGCCAGGCAGGACUAGGCCCACCAUAAGCCCAGAGGGUGCCCAGCUGACCGUCCCACUGGAUGGACAGCUCAGCCUGCACUGUCGUGGGGACAGGCCGGUGCAAUGGCAGAGGGAUGAUCGUCCGGGUAGGAAAUUGAAAGGGGAACGGAGAGAAGGCAACGAGUCCAUCAUUUAUGUAUCCAAAGCUCAGCCUCUCCACAUGGGCAGAUAUACAUGUGAGGAGGACAGCACAGGAGAGAGAAGCUCUAUCUACGUCUAUGUUAAAGCAUUGCUUUCAGCAGAUCCUGACAAUGCCUUCAGGAAGGGCAUCGUCUUUGACAUCAUGGCAGGUCCAGGAGAGUCUGUCUCCAUUCCAUGCCUGGCCACAGACCCAGCCAUCAAAGACCUGCACUUGGAAACUUGUGAGGGACACCAGUUUCCUGACAGACUGCGGUAUUCUGCCAGCACAGAGACUGGUAUUACAAUCAUAAACAUUCAGAAGGACUUUGAGGGAUGUUACAUCUGCAGUGGAAUUCUCAGAGGUGAAACUGUGAAGUCUCCAAACUACCAGCUGACUGUACGAUUAGCUCCAGACUUUCCUCCUGUCAUUGAACUACUUGCACCUCCAAAAGUUUUACUGACCCAGGGCCAGAGGUUCACACUAACCUGCUCCACCACCAACGUCAACAGUGACAUCAAAAUCCGAUGGAUUGCCCCGCAAGGCGUGCAACCGUUAGUGGAGAGAACCUCACACAUCCUGACUGAGCCCAUUUCUCAUGUGCGGACUGCAACUCUUACAAUCCCUGCUGUUACAACCGGAGAUUCCGGAAGCUACCGUUGUGAGGCACAGAAUGAGAGAGGGACCAGUGUGAAGUCCGUCUUGCUGGAUGUAUAUGGGAGAGGGUUCAUAAACCUGACUAGUACAGUGAACGGGACCCAGAGAGUGCGUGUCGGGGAGAGUUUGACACUGCAGGUUGAUGUGGAUGCGUAUCCUAAACCACACACAUUCUCAUGGAGAUACCGCAACAAAGAGCUGGAGAACACCACAGACCACGUUAUCACCACGCAUGCACACGGACACAGCUACAGCAGUGAGUUGCGGUUGGUGCGUUUGAAAAUAUCGGAGGGUGGGGUCUACACAUUCAUGGUGUCAAAUGAUGGUGCAACUCUCAAUCAGACAUUUGCAGUUCAUGUUAUAAGUAAACCUGAAAUUGUAUCCCAUGAAGGCCCAGUUGAUGGUCAAGUGCGAUGUGUCGCCGUUGGAUACCCUACACCUCAGAUUACAUGGUAUUACUGUGACCAGCCCUACAUGAGAUGUUCCAGUUUACUGAAUGCUACUCAGGAGGAGGAAGAUGUGGUCACAGUAACUCUGACUAAUCCAGAAUUUGGCAAGAGUGAAGUGGAAAGUCGCCUGAACAUCAGCAAGAACAACUAUCACACACUGGAGUGUGUGGCCACAGUCGAAGGAGAGCAGGUCUACACACUCUUCUCCAUUAGUGAACGCUCAGUUCCUCAUGAGCUCUUCACUCCCCUCCUUAUCGGUUUCAUCUCAGCAGCAGCCAUCCUCUGUCUUAUAUUGCUGGUGAUCUCUUACAAGUAUAUGCAGAAACCCAAGUACCAGAUUCAGUGGAAAGUCAUUGAAGGAAUCCACGGCAACAAUUAUGUAUAUAUUGAUCCUACUCAGCUUCCAUAUGAUCACCAGUGGGAGUUUCCAAGAGAUAAACUUCGGUUUGGAAAAACACUGGGCUCUGGGGCCUUUGGUAAAGUGGUGGAAGCCACGGCCUAUGGAAUGUCUAAGGCUGAUACGGUCAUGACUGUGGCUGUUAAAAUGUUAAAACCAAGUGCCCACGCCACUGAGAAAGAAGCUCUGAUGUCAGAACUGAAGGUGCUCAGUUACCUGGGCAAUCAUAUGAACAUUGUUAAUCUGCUUGGAGCCUGCACUGUUGGAGGGCCCACUCUGGUGAUAACUGAAUACUGUUGCUUUGGUGACCUUCUGAACUUUCUGCGCAGAAAGAGAGACACAUUUCAUUACUCCAAACAAGGCGAAGACUCUUACUACAGAAACAUCUUGCAACAACCAGAGACCGCAAGUGAGAGUCCAAAUGGCUACAUGAUGAUGAGGCCCUCAGUUAUGGGAGUCCUUACCCCUAACUCCUCUGCAAACAAUAGAUCCCUGAACAAAGGAGGUUCGUACAGUGAGUCAGAAGUGGUUAGUGAAGCUCUGCAUGAAGAUGGCUUGGCUCUAGACACCGAGGACCUGCUGAGCUUCUCUUAUCAGGUUGCCAAAGGCAUGGACUUCCUGGCCUCCAAAAAUUGUAUUCACAGAGAUCUUGCAGCCAGAAACAUUCUCAUCACUCAAGGCAGAGUGGCUAAAAUUUGCGAUUUUGGACUCGCACGUGACAUCACCACUGACUCUAACUACGUCGUCAAGGGCAACGCACGUCUCCCAGUCAAAUGGAUGUCUCCAGAGAGUAUCUUUGAGUGUGUGUACACAUUUGAGAGUGAUGUCUGGUCCUAUGGCAUUCUGCUAUGGGAGAUUUUCUCUUUAGGGAGCAGCCCAUAUCCAGGGAUGCCUGUGGAUGCCAAGUUUUACAAAAUGAUCAAAGAAGGCUACAGGAUGGAUGCACCAGAAUAUGCGCCAAGUGAAAUGUAUAAAAUUAUGCACUCUUGCUGGGAUGCUGACCCUUUCAGAAGACCCUCAUUUGGAAAAGUUGUGGAAAAGAUUGAACAGCAGCUCUCAGACAGUACCAAACAUAUUUAUCUAAACUUCAGUUCUCGGCUUCCGGGCGCGCCGGGCCCACGGGAGGAUUCGAACGCCCAGUUCCAGCGCCUCAACUCCGUCGGCAGCGCCUGCCCUCCCACUCAGCCCUUACUAUCCAGUGAAGACGUCUUUCUAGAGCGGACAUGGCAAUGGCAACAGCAAGUGUAAGGAGGAGGCUCCGAAGUUUAACUCAAUCUGUCAAGACCUCCCAAAAAAACUGUGUUGAGGCUAGCGUCUGUACAAGCCUUUGCCACUUCCCUGCCAAUGUGCUGGCAUCUGAUGCUAAUCCAAACCCAAUGCUGUUAUUCUGUUUAACGUAGGAUUUGGAUUCAAAGAGGUGAUCUCAGAUUAUUUGGUUAGGGUUGAAUGUUAUGAGAUUCUCCCUUUGCCCUCAUUCCCUGUUUAUCAUGUAUAGCGUAU